AUGCCUCGUCGUGGUAGGAGUGAGGCGAGACCUUCUUGCCAAUCAGUUGAUCCUUGUUAUGUUCCUCAGGAGGGUCAACAUCUUUCAGAUGUGGCUCGGGAAGGAGGGGCUCUUACUGUCUUGAGGGAUCGUGGGGUUCACACUCAUUGGCUAGAUUGGUUCAAGGAUCCUCAACCAUUGUUUUUUCAGGUGUUGGAGCAUACUCAUCUCUUCGGCUUGUUUAGAUUUCGUCUGAGUAAGAGGAAUAUGACGCUUUUAUCCGUGUUGACUGAGAGGUGGCAUGCCGAGACCCACACAUUUCAUCUCUCGUUUGGAGAGUGGGGGAUCACCCCUUACGAUAUCUUUAUUCAGCUUGGUCUUCGAUACGAGGGGGGAUCCAUUCCCUUCGAGGAGGACCUCCCUGUUCCCACAGAGGAUGAUUGGAUGAGUCUUUUAGGGAUGAUUCCUCAUUCUUUGGACUUCUCAGGGUCUCGAUUUAAGUUACUUUGGCUAUCGAUGAAUUUCUCCUGGCGCAUUCUGCAGACUAAGGCCGAGGCUAUUGUGAAAGCUCGUGCCUUAAUUUUGUACACUUUGGGAGCCAUGAUCUUUUAUCGUGGGAAUGAGCUAGUGAGCUCUCGUCUGCUGAGGCUCAUGGUAGAUAUCAAUUUCCUUAUGCCAUAUAACAGGAAUGCAGCGCUCCUGGCCCAUUUAUAUGAAGGGCUGGACAAGGCCAGUCGUUGUAGCAGCAGGUCUUUAACUGGCUUCUACCGGAUCAUCAAGGUAUGCUUUUUCGACCACUUUCCACAGUUGGGGCCCACCUUGAUAAAUCGCACCCCUCCUUUCCCUCACAUGAUGCUGUGGUAUAAGGAUAAUCACAGCUGUACCCGCCAGUUUUUCGAUCUUGCCUAA